AUGUCACCAGAUCUGGAUUCUCAGAAGCCAGAGAAGAUUGAUACAAGUCCAGAAACUUCUGUCGAGUACGUUACGGGUUUUAAACUUGUUUUGAUUGUUAGUAGCGUAGCCCUUGCAUGUUUUCUUAUGCUCUUGGACACGAUGGUCAUUGGAACGCUGACAAGUUGCAGCGCUGCUCCGCAGCCACUUACUGGAAAAAUAUAUACAAGUUUCAACUCAAAGGUUCGUAUAUAUUGGCUCCUUUAUAUAUAUGUUAAUAUUAAUGCGAAUUUUCAGUGGACCUUUUUGGUUUUUUUUGCCAUCUUUGAGAUAGGUUCCAUCCUCUGUGGUGCUGCCAUCUCAUCCAACAUGCUCAUUGUAGGCCGUGCUAUUGCUGGAUUCGGCGCUUCUGGUAUCAUUAAUGGUGCAAUUACCAUAAUCUCAAGCUGUGUUCCAUUGGAGAAGCGUCCUAUGAACCAACUUGGACUUGUUGCUGGGCCUCUUGUUGGAGGGGCUUUCACUUCCUACACGACAUGGAGGUGGUCAUUCUUUCUUCUCUUUUUGAGCAUUCCAGAACAAACACGAAAGCCCAACGUAUUUGUAGUUCUUUCGAAACUACAUCACCACUUAGACCUUGUCGGCUUUAUCUUAUUUGCCCCAGCUAUACUACAGCUUCUACUUGCGUUCCAGUAUGGAGCCAACCAAUACCCAUGGAACUCCCCCCGCGUCAUUGGGCUCUUUUGUGGCUUUGCCGCAAAUUUUGCCCUUUGGCUCUUUUGGAAUAGGUAUAAGGGGGAUGAUGCAUUACUCCCACACUCUAUGCUGAGACUGAAACCUGUCUGGACGUCUGCAUUCUACCAGGCAUUCAUGAUAUCAGCAGUAUAUGGCGCUUCAUUCUUUCUCCCAAUAUAUUUCCAAGCCAUCAAUAAUGCAACUCCUGUGCUCAGUGGAGUAUAUUUGCUACCUACCAUUCUUCCGCAGCUUGUCGCGGCUGGACUAUCUGGAGUAUUGUCAGUUGCUGGAACCAUUCUCUUAUCUCUGGGGAGCGGAUUCUAUUCGAUUCUACAGCCAGGUAGUCCAACAGGAUACUGGAUUGGAUUUCAAUUACUAGCCGGAAUUGGAUCAGGAAUAAGCAUGCAACUGGCUAUAAUCACAAUUCAAGCUGCAGUAAGUGGCGAGCAACUCGCUACAGGCAUGGCUUUGGUCAUAUUUGCUCAAUCCCUUGGACCGGCUAUAAUGCUUGUCCUGUGCAAUGUGAUAUUUCUCUCUAGCCUUGGCUCGCAACUGCAUGAGCAUGCGCCAAAUGCCAAUUCAGCCGCAAUUAUCAAGGCUGGAGCCACUGGUUUCCGUUCCAUUGUCCAAUUGGAGGAUUUACCUGGGGUUCUGAUUGCAUACGCCAACAUUAUUGAUAGGAUUUUUUACUUGGUUGCUGCAGUGGGAGCUGCUUGUGCACUUGUGUUAUGGGGAAUGGGCUGGCAUGACUUGAGAAAAAGGGAUGGCAAGCAGAGAAGUGAAGAAGAUGUCGCUGAGAAGGGCGACAGAUAA